CAGAUGGCUGUCUUUCGCUUUCGGUUGCAGUAGUUUGUCGUCUUUUUGAUAUCCUUCAGUUAUCUCGACGUGGUUGAUCAUUGCUCUCGUUUAUCGACCUCCUUCUCUGCCGUCCACUGUUAACAACGCGCUAAAUUCGUGAAAUUUGACGUUUAAGCUAUGCCACCGCAAGAAAACGAAGCAGAUUCAAGCACGCCGAGUAGUUCAGCCGGUAGUAACCCACCCGGAACUUCAACCAGCCCUAACUGGUCUGCACUUAGACAAUAUCUGAUGGACAACAAAAUUGAUUCAUUAUUAUGGCUCACACGAGUCUUCACAAUCAUCUGUUCAAUUCUUUAUCUGCUCCCAUUUUUUAGUCCCUUGUUCAGUUAUAACUGUUAUAAAAGAGUGUUGAUCAGUUCAGCUGCAACAUCAGCUUUAAGACUCCACCAAAGGCUUCCAAGAUUCCAGUUUUCAAGAGAGUACUUUGGACUGUUACUUGCUGAAGACAGCUGUCAUUACCUUCUUUACAGCAUCAUGUUUGUUAAUUCUCAACCAGUCACAAUCAUCCUAAUUCCUGUCGCACUUUUUGCUCUUCUUCAUACGGUCUCCUUCACUAAAAAAUUACUGAGUAUUCUUGGAACUGGAGGAAUUCUUAACAUGUCCCUAAUAAGCUCAGCUCGCAAGGCCAUUGAAAAGGUGGAAAUGAAUCAACAGGGACUUUUGAGGUUCAUUGCCUGCACGGAGAUCAUGCUUAUGCCCGCUGUUAUUUUAAUGAUGCUAAGUGGUCAAGUUGGUAUUGUCAUUCCCUUUGUUUAUUAUCGAUUUCUGGGAUUCAGAUAUGCCUCCAGACGGAACCCCUACUGUAGACUUCUUUUUUCUGAACUUCGGCAAGCAUCUGAACAGAUGGCAGGUCAUCCACGCUGCCCAGGUUUUAUGCGGACCCUUGUGUUCAAGUUUACAGCUUUCAUUGCAAGGCUGGCUCCUCCUAUAACGGCACCACCCCCUCAAGCCACUUCUUAAGAAAAAAAUGUAAUUGUUAUUCACUGCUGCUGGGUUAAGGCAUGUGUACUUAUGAACAAAUAUUUAUAACUUAGACUUUAAAAUUAGUACGAAGCUGGCAGAGAAUAACAGAUAGCUUACACUAUGAAACAAUGCACAUGUUUUCAAACCUGUCUUGUAUUCAUUCUCAGCUGCAAGUUGUUGUUUGGACCAGCAUUGUUCCAUAAGUUCAAAGGUGUUGUAUGUUUAAUAAAUAGUUUUAGAAACCA